AUGUUUUCCCGAAUAACGCGACCUGCCCGCGCUCUUCCCCGGGUCUUGCUCGGCCUAGGGCUCGCUGUAGCAGCGGCUCGAGUUGCGGAAGGGCCCCUGGAGGAAGACGGACAGAAAAGAAGGAAAACCCGCGAGGCCUACGUUACAGCUAUAGAGAGGAGCAGGGACCUGCUGAUGAGAGUGAAGGAUGAAGUGGGAUCUCCGGGCAUAGUUGUCGGCGUUUCUGUAGACGGACAAGCUGUUUGGUCAGAAGGGCUUGGGUUUGCCGAUGUGGAGAACCGGAUUCCAUGUUCACCAGACAGUGUCAUGCGUGUAGCCAGUAUCAGCAAAUCCUUUACUAUGGCGGCAGUGGCCAAACUGUGGGAGGAGGGUCGGCUAGAUCUAGAUGCACCAGUGCAGAAGUAUGUACCGGAGUUCCCAGAAAAAGAGUUUGAAGGUGAAAAGGUGACAAUAACCACCAGGUUGUUGGUGUCACACCUAAGUGGUAUCAGACAUUAUGAAAAGGAUAUCCAGAAAAUCAGGAAGAAAAUAGGGAAGAAAUCCUCAGAAGCGAGUGUGUCAGUUGUGAGUACCUCAGAGAAAACCCCUCCGGAGGAUACCGAAUCAAGUAAAGCAGAGGAGCCGCACAAGCUCAAGCCGCUGGAUACUGCAAAAUCCCAGAAAAGGGCAUCUUUGGAACCUGAGGAGUUCUAUAUUAAGGACAAGUUCAACAGUGUGAUAGACGCUCUAGGACUUUUUAAGACUGAUCCUUUGGUGUUUAAACCUGGUUCACAGUUCCUAUAUUCUACCCAUGCAUGGACAUUAUUAAGUGCUGUAGUCGAGCGUGCCUCGGGACGCAAGUUUCUGGAGUAUAUGCAGCAGAUGUUUAAAGAUCUGGGCAUGAGAAACACUCUUCCUGAGGAACAUGAACCGAUUAUAUACAACAGAGCAAGAUUUUACCGUCUCAGUGACAAGAAGCGUCUGAUAAACUGUCCAUAUGUUGACAACUCCUGUAAAUGGGCAGGUGGAGGAUUUCUUUCUACUGUGAAUGACCUGAUGAGGUUUGGAAAUGUCCUCCUGUAUAGCUACCAAGCCAAGUACACAACCACAGAGUUGCCAGGAUAUCUAAAAGCAGAUACUGUUUCCAUGAUGUGGCGACAAGUCUCCAAUACCGAAAUGUCUUGGGAUAAGGAUGGAAAGUAUGCCAUGGGAUGGGGAACUGUGGAGGCAAAGCAGGAUUUUGGGCAAUGCAAGUGCCAAAAACAUUACGUAUCGCACACGGGAGGAGCAGUCGGAGCCAGCAGUGUCUUGCUUAUCCUACCUGAGGAAGACAAUCAGACAUUGAUCCCACCAAGGGGGAUUGUGGUGACAAUAAUUGCCAAUAUGCAGGGUACAGCGCUCAACAGCACAGCCUUAAAAAUUGCACUGGAAUUUGAAAAGGCAAAGUCAGCCCAGUCAUAAGCGGCUACUGGGAUCCAUAUUUUUAAAGGAAUGAUUUUAUAAUACUUAAACUAAUAAAAU